AUGCAACAUUCAUCUCCAACGUCUUCUCCAUUAAUUGAAAAUUUCCAAAUUUUACCUAUGUCUACAACAACAAUAUCCGAUGUUUCAACAUCUAAUGAUACUCAAUAUUCAUCACUUUUACUAAAAAAAAAAUUAGCUAUGUUUGAUAAUACAUCGAAAAUUACAACAACAACAGAAGUUAAUGUUUCAAAUGAUACUAACAAUACUCCCGUUUCUUUAAUCAAACCAUCAAGUACAACUUUAUCAAUCAAUGAGAAUGAACCUGUCAAAAGUGCCAGUCGACGACGUAAACCACUUCGACCUUGGUCAUUAUCUGCACGUGGUGAACGACCAAAUUCAAAUCAUGAUAUUAAUCAUGCAAUUGAACCAAUUAGUGAUGAUGAUGAUAAUAAUAAUCAAACGGAAAUGAAAUAUUCACCUGUGAAUCAUGAAAUAACAAAUAGUAAUCAUGAAGAAAGUGAUGAACAUGAUAUUGAAUGGCCAAAAUGUUUAUCAACAAUUGAAGAAAUUCUUAAAUUAUAUCGUGUUGAAACCAAUGGUUUAGUGCAAUGUAUACGUUGUGGUUCAAAUGCUAAUCAAGAUAAUUUACUUGAACAUAUAUCUGUUCAUUAUCCAUAUAAAUGUUAUGCAUGCGGAUUCUAUUGUGAUUCAUCAUCGGGUCUUGAUGAACAUAAUCGAACACAUUCACCAAAUACUUUUACAAAAUUAAUACCUGAACAACCAUUAAUUCCAUCAAUUCCUAUAUCAACUUCAAUAAAAUCUGAACCAACAUCAAAUAUGACUAAUAUGAAUAACAACAGUGAAAAAUCAACUCCACCAAGUAAAGCAAAAGUUCAUCGAUGUAGACAAUGUUCAUUUGUAUCUAGUGUUAAAGAAGAUUAUUGGGCACAUCAUCGAGUACAUAUACGAGCUGAUAAAAUACUUGAAUGUCCAAGUUGCCCAUUUGUUACUGAAUAUAAACAUCAUCUUGAAUAUCAUUUACGUAAUCAUCUUGGUUCUAAACCAUUUAAAUGUUCAAAAUGUGAUUAUGCAUGUGUAAAUUUAUCAAUGUUACGUUCACAUAAAAAAUCUCAUUAUCGACAUCUUUUAUUUAAAUGUUCAAAUUGUUCAUUUGAAUCAAAACAGUAUCAAGCAUUACAAGAACAUUUACAAAUCGAAGGACAUGAACCUUAUGUUGAUGAAAAUAUUGAAGAAUUUCUUAAAGAAUAUUCGAAUGGAAUUAUAAAUAAUAAUACAAAUAGUAAUUCACCACCACCAACAAUGACAACAACAGGUUCAUCAUCAAAAAAUACGACACGUCCACCAGCACCAAAAAAACGUAAAACAGCACCAACAAUAUCAACGACACCACUUGUUAAACGUACAUCAUCAACAUCAUCAAUUAGUUCAUCAGCAGCAGCAAUGUCACCAAUAUCAAAUGAUGAACAUCAAAUGGAUUCCAUGAAUCAACAAACAUCAAACACAACAACAACGCCAUCAAAUAUGCCAUCAACACCAUUAGUGUGUAGUUUAUGUGAUUAUGUUGCUGCAUCGAAAGAAGGUCUUGGCGUACAUUUAUUUCAACAUGCAUGUAAAAAAAGUGAUCUUCUUAAUCGAUCACUUCUAGCUAGUGCAACAGUUGAUCCAGCAACAAAAUUAAUGGAAUUAUUUAAUGGAAAAAUUGGACCAUUCAAUAAUGGACAGCUAAAUGACUUCAUUGCACCAUAUCAACAAUUUCUUACACAACAAAUCCAAUCCCAUUUAUCAUCUGCUAGUUCAUUAUCUACGACACCUACUGGUGUUCAUUCAUAUCAUCUUGAUAGUAAUAACAAUCAUGCUCCACCUCCACCAUCUUUACUCAAUGGUGGUUAUUCCUUAUUAUCAUCAUGCAUUAAAAGUGAAUCGAAUGAGAAUCAUCUACCAUCAACCAAACUUGAUAAUAAUACUCAUCUUAAACGACAACGAAAAGGACAAGCACCACCAUUUAAAUAUUCAUCUGAUACAAGUAAUGAUGAACAUUCAAAUGAAAUAAUUAAUCGUCAUGAUCAACAAACACAAGUUGAUGAAUGUCAAAUAAAACGUUUAUUUGAAUGUUUUCAUUGUGAAAUUAUCUUUAAAGAUUUUGCAAUGUAUUGUACACAUAAACAAUUACAUUAUUCACCAGAUAAUCCAUUUCGUUGUGCACAAUGUGGAGAACAAAAAGCGAAUAAAUAUGAUUUUUUUGUCCAUGUGGCACAACAAGCUCAUGAACUAACCUGA